AUGGCCGCCGCCGCCGCCGCCUCCCCCUCCAUUUCCCUCGUCGCCGGAGACCGCGCGGACCGGCGGCAGUGGCGGUACACGUGGGAGACCCUGGCGCACCUCCCCCUCCUGCGCCUCUACCUCUCCCACCCGGCCCUCUCCGCCGCCGCUCCCGUCUCCGGCCUCUGCGCCGACCUCCGCCUCGACGCUUCGCUCCUCCUCCUCUCCUUCUCCCUCUCCGGGGCGGGACCCGUCUCCCUCAGGGUCCCCGUGCCGAGGGUGCUCGUCGACCCCUCCGCCCCGCCCGAGUGCCGCGCCGCCGGGGACCACCUCGAGGUCCGCCUCACCCUCGUCCUCCCCGUCGACCACCCCGUCGUCGCCGCCGCCUUCCCCGGCGCCGACCCGCCCGCGCCUCUCUCCCUCCGCGACGAUUUGAAGAGUCUAUCUUCUGGAGAUGUCCAUUUGUAUUGCAAAACAUGCUCAGCAAGAUUGACAAAACAGCCACUAAGGAACAUUGUGGAAAUGCCAUCUUUAGAUUGGGAGGAUGUGGCUGACAAUUGGUUUGGUGGAUGUUGCACAUCAUUUGGAGGGGCAAGUGAAAAGUUAGUAUCACAGUAUAUCAAUGCAUAUGGUCGCCUGGAGGGGACAACUCUACUAGAUGCUACUUCCAUUAUUAUAGAGAAGGAUUAUCUUGAGAUUGAUUUGGUGUCCAGAAUAGAUAAUUCAGUGACCAGUAUUGACUUUGUUGCACUACAAGAAGCUAUGUCUAAUGUUACUCUAGAAAGUGAUCAAACUACCGAUAGGAUAAAUUCAGAAGAAGCAUGUCAUGAAAAGAAAACUGAUUAUAGUCACGCGCAACCUCCUCUUCUUUUGGAAGAGGGUCCCUGUAUUAAUAACACUGAAAGAAUUACUGAAAACAAUGGAGGCACUCUUUCAAGUGAUCAAUGUGGUACUAUCCAGCUGGACAAUGGUAACUCUACAAGUGACUGUUUUGUUGAAAACAUGGAGCAAACUUCUCAAGAGGCUGAUUCGUUUCUGGUAGAUCCAUGGAGUUGCUGCUGUGGCAGUGGAGAUAGCGGAAAAGCUGAAUAUAACACUUCAGAAAUGCCCUCUACAUUAGAGAAUGUAAGAGAUUACAAAUUAACAAAAAGCAUCUCUCUUGGUAGUAGCUUCAUUGUUAAAGAAUCAAACCUCGUGAAAGAUGUUAACUGGAUUGAACUUCUGUGUUCUCAUUGCUCCUCAUCUCUUGGGUCAUACCCUUCGCAAUGUUCAGAUGCUCUGUCGGAUGGGCGGGUUCGGCUAUUCAAGUGCUACACAUCCUCAAACCUUCCUGUUGGGAGUCCCCAUGAUGUGUUCAGGAGACAUACACUGGGAAAACUUUUUGUUAAUUUGUUGCUUGAAAUAGCUGAAGAUGAAAUAUCUUUUCGUACAGUAGUGAGAGAUCUGAAAACCAAAAGGCCCAUGCUGCAAAUAGUCCUUCUUAGUUCAAAAACAUGGCUGUUUUCUGGUUACUGCUAUGAAAAUGAUACGGAUAGUUCACAUGGGACAGCACAUCUGCAGCCUACGGUUAAACUCCUGUAUUCUAACUGCAGUAAUGCCUCAGAAGCAGACUUAAGGACAGUAGAGGAGUGGUCAUCCAAAUAUCGGGCUGAACAGUUAUACAUGAUGGGGCAUCAGAUAGAUGAACUUACUGAAUGCCUUAGCUCAGCUAUGGACAAGUUCCCCCUUUCUUGCUCGUCACUUGAAGGAAUGUCUCUUUCAUGUCUGGAGCGUUGACUUGAGUUUAAGAUAAUCGUAAUUUAUUCAUGAUGUCCGAAGCCCGCGACUGAUCUUUGUAUCAUGCAUAUCUGAUGGAGACUCCAAUCAUAUAUACCAAGCUGUGUUCCUGCCCAUCUCAGUUUAGUGUUCAGCAAGCUGGCCAUCUCAUUUGUACACUGCAGACUUCUGGACUUCCCCCUGCUGUCACAAGGCUGAGUUCAAUCGAAAUUCUUGUUCAACUGACUUUUGGUGAUAGGGAUUCAGCCUUGUCAUUUACUCUUAAGCAGUAUUUGACACCUUUUUAUAGCUCUAAAGGAGUUAAUGAUCAGGGGG